AUGAUGCAGCAGGACGAGUCAAACUCGCCAGUCUCCCCCGCCGACGACAGCUUGAGCAACAGCGAAGAGGAACCGGACCGGCAGCAGCUGCCCAACAACAAGAGAGGGGGGCGCAAGCGGCGCUCCAGCCGCCGUAGCGCCGGCGGCGCCGUCGGGGCCGCGGACGAGCCCUGCAGCCCGGCCCAAGGCAAGCGGGGCAAGAAGUGCGGGGCGGGCGGCGGCGGCGGGGGCGGCGGCAGCAGCAGCGGCGGCGGCAGCCCCCAGUCCUACGAGGAGCUGCAGACCCAGCGGGUCAUGGCCAACGUGCGGGAGCGGCAGCGCACGCAGUCGCUGAACGAAGCCUUCGCCGCCCUGCGGAAGAUCAUCCCCACGCUGCCCUCGGACAAGCUGAGCAAGAUCCAGACCCUCAAGCUGGCGGCCAGGUACAUCGACUUCCUCUACCAGGUCUUACAGAGCGACGAGCUGGACUCCAAGAUGGCAAGCUGCAGCUAUGUGGCCCACGAGCGGCUCAGCUACGCCUUCUCUGUCUGGAGAAUGGAGGGCGCCUGGUCCAUGUCCGCAUCCCACUAGCAGGCGGCGUACCCCACCCGCAUCCCCCCGGCAGGAGCCCUAGAUGACAUUGUUCCCACAGAAGGAGAAAAUGGACAAUCUAGAGACUCUGAAGUUGGAUACGAUUUUUUUGGUCUUGUCUAAAAAAAAAUGUACCAAGGAUUUCUUGGAAAUUAGAAGAGCAAUAUCCAAAUUCAAAGCAGGGCGUGGGGAGCACUUAAGGAAAGAGAAAGAGAGAAGGGCUUUGGACAGUGACUACCCUUUGGGCGUCGGUACAAUCCACACAUCUCUGCAUUCUGAUAGAAGUCUGAGUCGUUCGAUUUUUUUUUUAAUUUGACGAAGAAUGUUGGAAUUUAACUUUUUUUUUUAUUUGCCUUUUUUGCAUGCAUUCCCAAGAGGUCGUGCCUAUGAGCCAC